AUGAUCAAACUAAACACGCUAAAGGUGAUUCAGUUGAAUACACUGCUACGGGCUAAUGGUUUGCCAACGACUGGUUUGAAGACAACCAAGGUAUCAAGGCUUCAACAAGCCUUAGGCGUGGAUGAAAUAGAUCCAUCGGAGCUCGAAGAUGAGGGUGUGGAAUCAACAAAUGACUUAAGAAUGCAACUCAACAGCUUGAGAGAAGCAAUGGCAGGGUUGACGUCAGCAAUUGGUACACUGAAUGGUAGUUCGCCACAGGUGCUAAACCAUAACGCAAAUCAACAAACAUCCAACGUUAAUGACGAUGUUGAUCCAGUUUCAAACGAGUCAACCUGGGAGUCAGCUGAUGAUUUACGUAGAGUGUCGUAUCCAAGAGUGACGAUUCAAGACAUGAUCGGUGUAAUGCCUGAAUUUGAUCCACUCAAAAGCUUAACAUCACCAACGCAGUUUUUAAUCCGAGCUGAGCAAUUGCAGAAAUGUCACGGUUGGAAAGAAGAAAUGAUGUUGAUCGCAGUUCAGCACCAAAUGAAAGGCAUGGCCAAACGUUGGCUGGAUGCACAACCGGUGUUUCAGUCCUGGUCACAAUUUGUUAACGCAUUCAAAAUCGAUUUUCCAUCAACACAUAAUGCAGCUGAGGCACAUAAAAUGCUUAUGAGGCGUAAACGAAAAAACGGCGAAGACUAUGUGGAAUAUUAUUAUUCUAUGCUAACCAUAGGUCGACAAGGUUUGGUGGAUGAUGUUUCCAUCAAUACACAUAUAAUUAGUGGUCUCAACGAUGGUGCAUUAACAAAGGCACUGGCAGCAAUGAGUUUUGGUUCAUGUAGCCAAUUGUUACUUGCACUCAAGAACUUAACGAUUACCAGUAGUAUAUCAACGACAUCUACUACUCCAACCCAGCAAAUAUUGAAAUCUGAAACGAAAUGUAAUGCGAAGCAAACGCAAGUAAAGUGCUUUAAUUGUAAUGAGUACGGUCAUAUUGCAAUCAAGUGUCCGCAACCGCAAAAGAAGGUACGUUGUACUGUAUGUACUAAGAUAGGGCACGAAGCCAAGAACUGCAACAAGAAACCAACAGUUGUAGAGAUUGGGAACCACAAUGAAAGCGAUGAAGCACCGCCAGUCAUGAAAGUGGUUGAGUUAAAUGGAAAGGAGUUCGAAGCUUUUAUUGAUACCGGAAGCGUAUGCUCUUUAAUUCGCGAAUCAGCAGCAGAUGGCAUGCAGAUACUGGGAACAAAUAAAUGUUUGACAGGAUUCGGCGGAUCUAAAGUGCAAGUGACGAGACAAGUCAGUGUUGUUGCAAAUGUUGAUAACGUUCAGCGAGAGAUAGCAUUGUACAUUGUCGCGGAUAGCCUGCUGCCCUACGACAUUUUAUUGGGUCGCGACGUUUUACAAAACAAUGGGUAUCACAUGGUUGUAGACAAAGGCGUACUACAUUUAGACGAAAUAAAAAUAAAUAAUUUUAAUAUAUCCAGCGAUUUAUCGGAAGAAGAUAAGAGCAAGGUACGUAACCUUUUAGUUGAUAAGCAAAAUUGUUUUGCCGAAGAUAUAAGCCGAAUUGGCAGAUGCAAAAGCGCACAAAUGACGAUAGAGGUAACUAAAUCAGGUCCUAUACUUGGUAAGAAAUAUCAAGUCCCUUUUUCACAACGCCCUGAGUUGUCGAGAAUUUUGGUGGAGCUGUUGGACAACGAAAUUAUAAGUCCAAGUAGUUCACCUCACGCAGCUUCAGUACUUUUGGUAAAAAAAUCGAAUGGCGAAAAUCGAAUGUGCAUUGAUUACCGCGCGCUUAACGAGGUCACAGUUAAGAAGAAUUAA